GAAAAAGAAUAAAAAACCUCGGAAGGACAGCAGAAACACACUCUCUCAAGAACUUUGAGAGAGAACCUAAAAAGAAGCUAACUGUAGAUUAAUAACAAUAAUACAUUAUUGUUGUUGUUGUUGUUGUUAGCUAUUGUUUAACGUUGGUCAACCGUUUUCUGUAAUGUUUUUCUUAGCGGAAGCUAAUACUACUACUAGCCUACUAACAAAUAUAUCGGCCUAUAGGUUAUAUAAAUAAUCGGCAGCAUUCAUAAUCAAGAACAGUAUUUUUUUUCUUUUUUAUAUUUAAAUUACAUUUACAUGUUUAUGGCGUACACAACCACUAAUCUAAGUUUAAAGGAAACACGCUGAAUGAACGCUUCAAGGAUGAUGCGAGUCUUACGUUACAAAUCAGAGUGAACAAUAGAGAGAGAGAGAGAGAGAGAGAGAGAGAGAGAGAGAGUCGACUCAGCUGAGCUCAUAGGGAGGAAGAGAUUUGGAGAAAGCUUCUUAACCUAUUUUAGAGGGAUAGCAAACGUGGUUUUGGUUGGUUAGACUCAUAUCGGUAAGAGCUUCGCGCUCGGCUGAUAUUGAUUUGCUUUUUUGUGCGGGAUGUGAUGUGACAGAGGAAUAUUCCAGCAUCGCUGCUGUGAGGAUGGCAGGACGGAGCGGUGGCCUUUCGGAUCGCAGCUCAAAUGCCGCUUUGUUCGCCGUCCAGACGUGGAUUGAUAUUUCAUUCAUGUGCAUCUGAAUUCAGUCCGUAUAAAGACCAAGAGCGCAGCUCUUCAGCACCGCACGCAGCACCGCACCGAGUCCACGGUCUGGAGUUCUGCCACCUCUUUUCUAUCAUUCCCUCUUUCCUGUUUUCACAGUUCUUUCUGAGAUGAAUCCUCCUCAGCUCUCUGCGGUGUUGGUGCUCAUGUUGGCCCAGCUGUGUGCGACUUCUAUCGGUUGUCCUUCUGGGUGCCGCUGCUAUAGCUUGACCGUCGAAUGUGGAUCCAUUGGGCUCAAAGAGAUCCCGCAAGGCAUCACACACGGGACACAGACCAUCUUUCUGCAGGACAAUGCCAUCGGACAGAUCCGUCAGCGGGAUCUAUCUGACCUCGGCCAGCUGCACUACCUCUACCUGCAGAACAACAGCAUCUCCACGCUGGAGGCCGGGGCCUUCAGAAACCUGGGCCUGCUUCUGGAGCUGGCGCUCAACGGAAACCGCAUCCACCUGAUCACAGCUGACGUGUUCCGCGGCCUGGACCACCUGCGCAUCCUCUACCUCGCAGGAAACCAGAUCACCAGACUCGAGGACUACACCUUCCGCGGACUACAGCGGUUGCAGGAGCUGCAUCUGCAGGAGAAUGCGGUGGAGGUGCUGGGAGAUCAGGCUCUGGUGGGUCUGUCCUCUCUGGCUCUUCUGGACCUGAGCAGGAACAACCUGAGAACCCUGAGUCCCGCUUCACUCAAACCCCUCGUCAGCCUGCAGGUGCUGAGGGUCACAGAUAACCCGUGGCGCUGUGACUGCGCUCUGCACUGGCUGCGCGGCUGGAUAAAUGAAGAGGGUCAGAGGCUAUUAAGCUCAGCCGAGCGCCGGAUGCUGUGCGCUGAACCUCCACGCCUCUCCCAUCUCAGUCUGGUCGAGGUUCCCGCAAACAGCCUCAUUUGCAUCCCGCCCAUAGUGCAGCUGGAGCCCAGCCACCUGACGGUGCGUUUGGGGGAAAGUCUCCGCGUGUCCUGCCAGGCGUCCGGAUACCCGCAGCCACAAGUCACCUGGAGGAAAGCCUCCCAUGGAAAAGCUCAACUGUCUCCCAGAGGUCUGGUGCAGGAGGUCGGGAUGGAUGGAGACACCAAGACCAGAGGGAGGUUAGUGACGGCCAGGCCUGGUGGAAAAGGAGGGCCGGCGAGUCGCGGGCCGGUCCGAGGAGGAACAGACGACGGAGGCGACCGGGAAAGCUUUGAUCCCGACACGGGAAGCGGGAUGCUGUUUCUCAGCAACGUCACGGUGGCGCAUGCCGGACGCUACGAAUGCGAGGCCUGGAAUCCCGGCGGAGUGGCUCGGGUGACUUUUCACCUGUCGGUGAACAUGUCUUCGUCUUUGUCCCGUUCGGAAAUCUGGCCUCGACUGCAUUCCUCGUCUUACUAUCAUCCUUCUUCGGUGGACGUGAGUCAGGAGCCGAUUUAUGAGCUUGAAAGCAUGGACUUCAACGCACUGGGAACUGCGACCCAGACAGCCAUCGCGGUGGGAAUCUCUCUUUUGGCAUUGACGGCGUUGUUGCUUCUCUGCAUGAUUUACAGUCGCCACCGCCAACGGCAGAAAGAGGAAGGUGGAUACGGCACCAGCAAAGAGGAAAGCAUCCUCUACGUCAACGACUACUCCGACGGUCCCACCACGUUCGCUCAACUUGAAGAGUAUCGGGACGAACGCGGCCACGAGAUGUAUGUGUUAAACCGUGCCAAACCGGUGCUGCCUCCCCCGCCGUCCUGCAACCAACAGGUUUCGACACUAAAGGCCGGUGAGUGCAUGCUGACCCCGGGCCGGGCCGUGGGGAUCGGACCCCGCAGGGCUCCUGCAGAAGGAGGAGAAGGACCUCCGCUUGAUCCUGAAGGGUUGUUCAUGAACCAGAGUUUGCUAUUUGACACGCAGAUUGCUUAUGAGAUCCACUGCUGAACUGGAUCCCUGGAUAGACUUCAAGGUUCUUGCCAUCGGAUGUUAUCCUGCUGAAUUUCCUUUCGUUCUGAGAGCACAAAUGCAUUUUUUUGGUGAAAAGCAUUGAAGGAAUAACAGAUUUUAAAGCUGCGGUGUGUAGUUUCAGUGCCACCGGAUUUGCAAAAAUGUUGUCUGAAAGUCAAGGAUGUGGUUGAGUCAGUGCUGCUACGCUCUUAAAAAUAAAAGUGAUACCAAAGAAGAACCAUUUUUGGUUGCCCAAAAGAACCUGUCAAUGAACAGUUUUAUAAAAUAAAAUGUUUCCUUGGUGUGAAGGACAUUUUAAUAACCUAAAGAACCUUUUGUGCAAUGGAAAGUUUAAAGAUUCUUUACUGGCAUCUAUGGUUCCAUUAAGAACCUUUAACAAUCAAGGAACAUUUUCAUUCCACAAAAUGUUAUUUGUAGCGAAAAAGGUUCUUUAGAGUAUUUGAAUGUUCUUCACAUAAAGAGAAAAUUGUUCUUUUAAGAACUAAUCACUGAAAGGUUGAUUCUGGGAACCCAAAACUGGUUCUUCAGUUGCAUUGCUAAAAAAACAAAACACCUUUGGGAACCUUUAUUUUUUAAGCGUGUAUAUUGUGCGGCUCAAACAAGCAGAGAAAUGUUACAAACAUUGGUGUUUACUCUCUUUGGGGAAAUCAACCUACAAAUGGCUAGUUAUAAUCAUCUCUGGGAUUGCACACAGCAGCUUUUAUGGAAUAGUUCAUCCAAAAAUUGUUACCAUUUGCAUUGUUUGCAUGAUUGUUUUGUUCUGUAGAAUCACAAAUUGAGAUUUUUUUGAAAGCACUAGGAUACAUUUUAAGGUUAUUUUAAAAAACAUAUUCCCUUUUCCAUUCUGCAUAUUUAACUAGUUUGUAAUUGGAAUAAUUUGAAAAACAUGUCAAAAUGCUUUUGACAGAAAAAAUAUUGAAUUUUUCUACAGCGAUAGGGGUGCUCGGGAAAAGAGAGAAAAGAUAGCUGUAAAGCAUGACCGCAAAAAUAGAUCAGGAAGAAAAUGCAAGUGAGGAUACAGAGAACGAAAAAAGUGUUUCCAAGAGUAGUCCAGUGAAAUAAUUCAUUGGAUGUAGGCUAGCAUUGAAAAUAUUGAGGUCAGUGAAGACAUUUAUAAUAUUAUAAUAGAUUUCCAUUUCAAAUAAAUGCUGUUCUUUUAAAUUUUCUAUACUUCAAAUAAUCCUGAAAAAAAAAGUAUCACGGAUUUCACAAAAAUAUGAAGCUUCACAGCUGUUUUCAACAUUUAUAAUUUCUUUAAUAAUACUGAAGACUGAAGUAAUGAUGCUGAAAAUUCAGCUUUGCAUCACAGGAAUAAAUUACAUUUUAAAAUAUAUUCAAAUAGCGCACAGUUAUUUUAAAUGAUAAUAAUAACUCACAAUAUUAUGUCUUUACUGUAUUGUUUAUAAAUACAAUUAUAUUAAAUAAAUAUAUUAUUUAAAUAUAUAUUUCUUUAAAUAUAUUAAAUAAAUACAGCCAUGGUGAGCCCUAUGAGACUUUCUUUAAAAAAACAACCAAAAAUUUUAAAACAGUGUAGUUGUGAGGGCUAAAAAUGUUUCAACAACCCAGUAUUCAUCAUUCACUAUGACCAUUAUGAUCAUUUAUAUUGCAGCCUCUGUUUGGAACAAUAAAUGACUGAAUUUUCAUUUUUGCAUGAACUAUUCCUUCAUUAAUAAUGCAGGUUUUUGCUGAAAGCAAAUUCUUAUGGAAUGAGAGCUGUUACCUACCUUUGAAAGAAGAGGUUACAUGAAACUACCAAAAACUGAUAUUUUUUGUCUCGUUACUGUGAAAUGAACUGAUCCAGGCUGAGGGUUUGACUCUUGGACAGGGACUGAGGACAACAGCAAAGGACAUCCCUGUGUCCAGCGUUAUGUGUCAGGCAGUGUGAAUAGCUUAACGUCUUUCUUCUUGCAAAUGCUGUCUACAUAUUUCAACUAUCCUUUCUUUUCCGAUGCAUUCCUGUGUGUUUAUGUGUGAACGGCAGGCAGCAGAAGAGAAUGAAACCUGCUGUAAACAAGAACCAAAAGCGGGUGGGAGGUUUUGUCACUACAGCCUUGAUACAAAUGAAGUAGUCGCAUCUAUUUCCCGUCUGAAGCUCGUUUGCUCUCCUCUUGACCUCUGCUGGAAUAACACUGUGAAUAAACAAACAGGACUCUACAUUCACAGCUAGCUUUUGUAAGUUAUUAGAUAUGCCAGUUCCUUUCACAUAACAGGAUUGUUUUUGAGAGUGAGUAUUUUUUCCUCCCCAGCAUUACACGGACUAUUGAGUAGUGAACACAUCAGGGUAAACUGUAUAAAAGCAUUCAUUUCAGCUUGUGGGAACUUCUCAAGGUGUUAAGCUUCUGCUCAACGAUACAAUAGUUUGUGUAUUUCUGUCAAAUGUCUAUCAAAUAUCAACCUAUUUUAUCCGAAUA